AUUUAGUACUUACUAAACAUUAAGACAAUAUACAACAUGCUCCUACGCUCGUUGACGCUCGUUUUCUAUGUCCUGGUGCUGGUUGUCCUGUGCCUGACGGUGGUGUACAGCAAGCCCGCCUGCAAUGAGGGCUUCUAUACCAAGAAUGGAAAUCUGAUCUUGGAUCUUCACAAUUUCCAAUCGCAAUUCGAUUGCGUGCAGCGGAUGCAUAGAGGCUAAGAACAGCAAAAUGUAUAAAUAUAUAUGAAUAACAGUAUAUAUAUACAUAUCGAAUCAUUUGUGAAAAAAAAAACAACAAAAA